CCUGUCGUGACGUACUAUUCCUGCGCCAUUCCUAUCAACAUGCGGCAAUAUGUGUUGACUGGAGCCAACGUGUAAACUGAGAAAUAAGACUUUUUUUUAUUAAUCGAUAUUGCCAAAAUAUAUUUAGUUGGGAUUUAUGUCACAGAUACCAUGGCGAAUAUCAACUUUAACUUCAAAACAAACUAUACUGUUUCAAGUAAGAUCGAACCUUUCUACAAAGGAGGAAAAGUGCAGGUCAGCAAAGAUGAAAAAUACAUAUUUUGUACAUGUGGAUCCCGUGUCAAUGUUUUGGAGAUCAGCACAGGGAAGAUCAUCCACAGCAUUGAGCACGAUGAUCAAGAGGACAUCACGUCGUUUGCACUUAGCUGCGACGAUGAGGUUCUCGUCACAGCCAGCAGAGCUCUCCUGCUGAAGCAGUGGGACUGGAGGCAGGCGCAGUGCACUCGCUCCUGGAAAGCCAUCCACACUGUUCCCAUAGCCAGCAUGACUUUCGACACCACCUCCACGCUCUUGGCCACAGGUGGUUGUGACGGCACUAUCAAACUGUGGGAUAUUGUGAAGCAGUACUGCACUCACAACCUUAAAGGAUCAUCUGGUGUUGUGCACCUGGUCUAUUUCCACCCUGACAUUGACCGGCUGCAGCUCUUUUCGUCCUCCCUGGACUGUGGCAUUCGUCUGUGGGACUUGCGCACCAGCCGGUGUGUGUGCGUGCUUCAGAGCCACUACAGCGCCGUUACGUGUCUCAGCUUCAGCCCCGAUGGUGACACCAUGAUAAGUUCUGGCAGAGACAAGAUCUGCACGGUGUGGGAUCUAAAGAGUCAGACAGCAAAGAGAACUGUACCUGUCUAUGAGGCGUUGGAGGGUGUUUUGAUUCUCCCUGCAAAAAAAGACCUCUCUCAAAUUGGAGUCAAGACCGAAGACCUGCAUUUUAUCACAGCUGGCAGCAAAGGGGUGUUAAGAGUGUGGGAAGCCAGCACGGGCCGCUGCGUCUACAUCCAGCCACUUCAUUCCACUCUCAGCCCGCCCUCUGAACAUGACGAGGAGGAGGAGAAGGACGAUGACCCCCGCAGUCUAACAUACCUCCUGGAACUCCCUGCCUCCGACAGGCUGGCCACAGUUACUGCAGAGCACAACAUAGUGUUUUACAAGCUUCCUGCUCUCAGCACACAGCAGCAGUUUGUGGGCUACAAUGACGAGGUGCUGGAUGUGAAAUUCCUGGGUAAAAACGACAGCCACGUUGUGGUAGCGACCAACAGCUGCCAGCUGAAAGUCUUUGAGCUGCUCACCAACAGCUGCCAGAUCCUCUAUGGACACACAGAUACUAUCCUAUCGUUGGAUGUGUUUAAGAAAGGCUUUGUCUUUGCAAGCUGUGCAAAGGACAGGUCAGUGCGUGUGUGGCACAUGGAUGGUGACAGCGGCCAGGUCCGCUGUGUGGCCCACGGUUCCAGUCAUACUAACGCAGUGGGCUCCAUUACCUGUUCUAGGAUGAAAGCAUCCUUCAUAGUGUCUGGCAGUCAGGACUGCACUGUGAAGGUGUGGGAUCUCCCGGCAGACUUGUCUACAACUGAUGUCCACCAGCUGACUGCACGUGUCACAGAGAAGGCACAUGAUAAGGAUGUCAAUAGCGUGGCCGUUUCGCCCAACGACAAGCUGCUGGCUUCCGGCUCACAAGACCGCACGGCCAAGCUGUGGUCCUUGUCGGGUGAGGGCGGCCUCAGCCUACUUGGUGUGUUUCGGGGCCACCGGCGAGGUAUCUGGGCCGUCUGUUUCUCGCCCGUCGAUCAAGUGCUGGCCACCUCCUCCGCAGACGGCACCAGCAAGCUGUGGGGCCUGCAGGACUUCAGCUGCCUCAAGACUUUUGAGGGGCACGACGCAUCCGUGUUGAAGGCCAUCUUUGUCAGCCGAGGCACUCAGCUGCUCAGCAGUGGGUCAGAUGGUUUGGUUAAACUAUGGACCAUCAAGACCAAUGAAUGUGUGAAAACCCUGGACGCCCACCAGGACAAAGUGUGGGGUCUCCACGGCAGCCGCAAAGACGACAAGAUGGUGACCGGGUCAGUCGACUCCAACAUCAUUGUGUGGAUGGAUGUGACAGAAGCAGAGCUGGCAGAGGAGCAGGCCAAACAGGAGGAUCAGAUCAUGAAGCAGCAGGAGUUGUCCAACCUGCUCCAUGAAAAGAAAUACCUGAAAGCUCUGGGCCUCGCCAUCUCAUUGGACCAGCCGCACACAGUGCUCUCUGUAAUUAAAGCAAUCCGUCAAGUUGAAGAUUGGCAUGAUCUUCUGGAGAAGACUGUGAUGAAACUUAGACCCGAUCAGAAAGAGUCGCUCCUGCGCUACUGUUCGGUGUGGAACACCAAUGCCAAGAACUGCCUGGAUGCCCAGGCGGUCCUCAGGGUGCUACUUACGCACCUUCCACCUGAAGAGAUGCUCCAGUACCAGGGCGCCCGCACUCACCUGGAAGCCCUCAUACCCUACACAGAGAGACACAUGCAGAGGAUCGGCCGUCUUCUGCAGGCCUCCAUGUUUCUCAACUACAUGUGGCAGAAGAUAAGAGUAGCUGGAGCACCAUCCAGCAUGGACCAAGACGAAGACAUGGACACGGCUCCACUGGGCUCUGAGACCGUGUUCGUGAUCGACAAAGGCCCAGGGAAGGACGGCGGCCAAAACAAGGAAGACGCAGACGGUAGCGAAAAUGAGGAAGAUGAGGCGGCUAAAGAAAUGGAAGAGGAGGAUGACAGCGGCGAUGACGAGGUGAGCGCCGCCAAGAAAGCCACGGCGAAUGGCAACCACCCCGCUGAGAGUAGUGAAGAGAGUUCAGAGGAGGAGGACGAUAAAGCACAUGAAUUUACAGUAAAAGCUGUGAAGCGUCUCACAACUUCCUCCUUCCCACAAUGCACCACUCUCACAAGCUGACUCUCUAGUUGACCUCUGCACAGACUAUGCACAUGUGGAAUGUUUUGAGGGUUGACAAACGUGCAGCGCACGCUAACAUGAUCCUGAUCAACCUGCUCUACUGCUGCUUAUGCAAGAGUCUGGGAUUUAUGACGCAACACAAACACAUAUUUUAAUAAACACCAUCUAGUGUC